AUGAGUGAAGAGUGUCCAGUCGAGGAUAAAACAGUCGAUCAGCAUGACACCUUGAAAUACUCCCUUCUGGGACCAUCUCUCACGAAGUCAGGUCAAGCAAAUGUUGACCAGUCCAAGGUAUCGGAAAUCAUUUAUAACGCGUCGAAAGGUUCCAAGUUUUUCAAUAACGAGGAAACCCGCGAUAAGAACUUGACCCAGAAAAUCGAAAGGAUCUUGCAGAAGAAAGCACAGCUGGAAAAGCUAGAUCUCGCGAGCGAUCGUAGGAGAGCGGACGACUGCAUAGCGGAGCUUGAACUUACCAGGGAUUUAUCGCAGACUGUGGUCCACAUUGAUUGCGAUGCCUUCUACGCUGCCGUCGAAGAACUGGAUCGCCCCGAACUUAAGGAUGUACCAUUUUCCGUGGGGAAAGGAGUUCUUACGACAUGUAACUAUCAUGCCAGAAAGUUUGGCUGCAGGAGUGGUAUGGCGGGAUUCGUGGCUAAGAAAUUAUGCCCGCAACUGAUCCAAAUACCACUUAACUUCGACAAAUACACAUCUAAAGCCCAGGAGGUUCGAGCAAUUAUUGUCGAGUACGAUCCACGAUUUGAAAGUGCCAGUAUAGAUGAGGCAUACUUGAAUAUUACCGCAUACUGUCAAGUCAAUGACAUCUCACCGGAAGACGCUGUUCAACAGCUCAGACGAGAGGUUCACGAAAAGACGAAAAUCACGAUUUCUGCUGGUAUUGCGGCAAAUGCAAAGUUAGCCAAAAUAUGCUCGAACCAGAAUAAACCAAAUGGACAGUUUCUUUUACCAAGCGAUCGCAACUCUAUUAUGGCGUUCAUGCGAGAUCUCCCGACUCGUAAAGUGAAUGGCAUCGGUAGGGUUUUUGAGAGAGAACUUGGUGCUAUUGGUGUCAACACGUGUGGAGAUAUCUAUGGGCACCGGCAGUAUCUCUCCAAACUCUUUGGUGAAAAGGCCUUUGUCUUUCUGAUGCAAUGCUAUCUAGGGUUGGGGAGGACACAAGUGCAGCCAGCAGAAGAGUAUGAGCGGAAGAGUGUCGGAACGGAAAGCACCUUCGGAGAUAUGAGUGACCCGAAAGAGCUUCGGGAGAAGUUGCGUGCAACGGCUGAAGAACUGGAAAAGGACAUGCUUCGUACACAGUUUAGAGGAAGGACUUUGUGUCUAAAGGUUAAGCUGCAUACAUAUGAAGUCUUCACUAGGCAAGUGAUUCCUCCAAAAGCAAUAUAUUUGGCCGAUGAUCUGUACAAGUAUGCAUUACCAAUGCUUUCAAAGCUGGAGCAGGAAUUCCCUGGGAUGAGAUUGCGGUUAAUGGGAUUACGGUGUACUCAUCUCGUAAGUAUGAAAAAAGCUGACACCAUGGCAUUCUUUGGAUUCAAAAGAAAAACCACCGAAUCUGUUGAGUCUGGUGAUAGGACUAUCUCAUCGCUGUCACCAUCCAAGGGCAAAUCAGGGACACCCAACAACGUCUCUGGCGAUGACGGACAAUGGGAGGAGUGGCCUAAUGAGCUUCUUUUCGAAGACGCCGAACGACAAGAGCGAGAGGAUGACCUAGAAGAACUAGAGAAUCUGAGCCAGGAAAUUGACAAGCGUCGACAUCAUGGUAAAGAAGUGGUCCCAAAUCCGACACCAAAGAAGCAACAAGAAGAGAAACUAGAGGAGGAGUGGUGGGACUGUCCGAUUUGUAUGAGACCACAGGCAACGAACGAGAAGGCGUUCAAUGACCAUAUUGAUCUUUGUUUGUCCAGACAGACGAUUCGCGAUGUGGUACAAGAGAAUGUCGAUCCUAGCACCUCUAAAGCGAGAGAUCAAACUCCGACAACCGGUAAGAGAGGAAGACCGAGUAAUGAACGGAAAGAAAAGUCUGGCGGUCGAGGUGACCCUAAGCAGCGACGACUGUGCUUCGGAUGA